AGGAACUCUACGGGAUUGGCUGCAAUCACAAUACGAGGGAGAACCAUGGAGACAAAAAACGAUCCAGUAUAUAACAUUCGUCAAAUUAUGCAUGGAACAGAGCUACUUCCAGUUCAGGGAUUGCAUCUACCAACAGAGGAUGGGAGCAUCGAUGGGUAACCCACUGUCACCGUUCCUGAGCGAUGUUUAUAUGGCUGCUUUGGAACACGAACUACAGACCAAAAACCUACUACCAGAACGUUGGUGGAGAUACGUGGAUGACGUCUUCUGCAUCAUCAAAAGGGAUUCACUAACAACGGUACUGGACACCAUAAACAGUGCACGCAGAAGCAUCAAGUUCACUUACGAAAUGGAAGUCGAAGGAAAGUUACCUUUCUUAGACAUCCUGAUCCUAAGAGAACCAGGUUGCCCAUCUUCGUUUUCUUUCGAGAUCUACAGGAAGCCAACAAACACCAGAAGAACAAUCCCAGCCACGUCAAACCAUUCAUUCCAACACAAGAUGGCAGCAUACCAUUAUUUUAUACAUAGGAUGACAACUUUACCCCUCAGCGAAGCAGGAAAACAAAAAGAAUUGGAGUACAUUUUUGAAACAGCGGAAAUCAACGGUUACAGCAGAACAACUAUCCAAGCAAUCAUCGAUAAGAAGGAAAGAAAACUCCACAGAACGUCACUCACAACCCUUACACCACCAGUAGAGCCACUACGAAGAGCAGCAGUAGAAUUCGACUACAGGAUAACACGCCCAUUACGACAAAAACUGGCUAAAUUCGGCAUCGAUUUAGUGUUCAGUAGUAGAAACAGCCAGUUGGAAUCCAUCUUAGGUUCAACGAAAGACCCCAUACCGACUUUAGGCAAACCCGGCAUUUACGAGGUAUCCUGCGGCCACUGUGAUAUGAGCUACAUUGGACAAACUAAGAGAUUGCUGCAAACCAGGUUGGGCGAACAUAUAGACACCGAUGUCAGAAUUGCCAAGGAGGAAAUACGGAAAGGAUUUGUCCCCCAUUUCAAGUCAGCAGUAGCCGAACACAUCAUCAAGGAGAAACAUAACAUCACAACUAGCGACGCGGUCAUCUUAAGACACAUCACGAACCCAUCGAAGCUUGCUGUCGCCGAAAGUUUGGAAAUCUUCAAGGCAGGCAACAAACGUUUACUCAACAAGGAUUCAGGUAACGGCUCAACGUGGCUGUUUAAGCUGUUACCUAUACAGGCACCAAAGAAGAACAAGGAGGUAGUACCUACAGUAACUACAAAUACGGAUACCCCAGCGAUGAACCUUCAGUCGAGAACAGAACACUGAUGAAGUCUGCAAGUAGUAGACGAAAUACGUAUCUGUCAAGAUAUUAAAAAUAUAUAGCGGAAUUAAAAGGAACAACUCGUCUCUUUGUAUUCAUUGGAGUAGUCAAUUGGUUUAGGAAAAAGGUCCUUUACGCCUUGAGAUCGGCAGCCGAGAACACGCCGAGGGACUUUCCGUUCAAGUCCGACACCUCGUACGAGCUGGUGCCCUUCUUACGGACGAUGAUGCACGGUGUGUACUGGGGUCCGAGCUUGGCGUUGUAUUGGUCUCCUGCCGACGACUGACGAAAGCUUUUUUUAUACACACGCUGACCCACAUCGAAACUUGUUCUCAACAUUCCACGCAACAUACGAAUGCAUUGACUGCGCGACACUCCUGCUGUAUUGACCUCGCGGAUGGUUAAUUCAUGCUCCAACUCAUCAUCAAGCAAAUGAUUUGCAUCCAUCGAGUAGUAUUGGGCUCGAAGAGUAUCGUGUUCCAUUUUGAAAA